AUGAAGUUGCAAGUUAGCCUGCUGUUGUGGCUAAGUUUAGUGGCGCUUAGUGUGUGCUUUAAUGGUUAUCACUAUGCAAAGCCGCCUGGCGUGCAAGCGGAUUACAUUGAAGAUCUCAUAGACGCGCAGAAGCAACAAAUCUUAACAAAUGUGCUGGGCGUGGCUCCAACUCAAACGCAAUCCUCGCCCUUUGAGGCAACUGAUGCGAAGGCGUUUCGUGUCAAUCGCUGCGCUAGCUGCACUUGUGGCGUGCCCAAUGCCAAUCGCAUUGUGGGCGGCACUCAGGUGCGCACCAACAAGUAUCCCUGGAUUGCUCAAAUGCUGCGCGGCUCGACGCUUUUCUGCGGCGGCACUUUGAUCAACGAUCGUUAUGUUUUGACUGCUGCGCAUUGCGUCUAUGGCAUGGAUAUGUCCCAGGUAACGAUUCGGCUGCUGCAGUUCGAUCGCAGCUCGAGUCAAGCGGGCGCUGUUACGCGCUCUGUGGCGUUUGCGCAUAUGCAUGCCGCUUAUGAUACCGAUGUGCUGGUCAAUGAUAUUGCGCUGCUGCGUCUGAACGCGCCUGUGCCGUUGUUUGAUGCAAUGCGUCCGGUUUGCUUGCCCAGCAGUGCCCAGCAACGCUUUGACUAUAAGCAGGCAAUUGUUGCUGGCUGGGGUCUUAGCAAGGAAGGAGGCGCCACCUCCAGCGUGCUGCAGGAAACUGUUGUGCCCAUCAUUACCAAUGCUCAGUGUCGCGCCACUUCGUACAAAUCCAUGAUAGUCGAUACUAUGCUAUGUGCUGGUCUGGUUCAAACUGGCGGUCGCGAUGCCUGCCAGGGUGACAGCGGUGGUCCGCUCAUUGUUCCAGAUCGCAUCUUUCGUCUCGCUGGCGUUGUGUCCUUUGGUUAUGGCUGUGCCAAGCCAAAUGCGCCUGGUGUCUACACCAGAGUGAGCAGCUACUUGGAUUGGAUUGCAGCCAAUACCAGAGACGCUUGCUACUGCAAUAAAUAG